GGGGGGAGGGAGAAGGAGAUGGGGGGCGGGCGCAGAGGACAGAGGAGCCGGCCGGACACAGACAGCUCGGUAGCUCCCUCCCUCGGCUCAGCCCCGCGUCCCCACUUCUCUCCUCCCCGCGCUCCUAGCAGCAUCCUCCGCAGACCCUCGGUCCUCACUCCCGGGGUCGUCCCGCUCCUGCGGCCCCGAGUAAUUACCUCCCCUCACUGUUCAACCUGGGAACUUUCUCCGCCAGCGCCGGGGAGUGGAGCGUCGCUUUGCCGUGGAGGGUUCCUGCUGGGGUUCAUUGGGGGGCAGUCUCUGGAAAAGGGUGUCAGGGUCCCAGAGAGACGCCCACCGCCCACAACCUGCCCCCAGCGGGCCUGCCGUCGGGUCUCGGCGCCUUCGAUUUCCCAACCAUGACCGAAAUGAGCGAGAAGGAGAAUGAACCAGAUGACGCGGCUACCCACACUUGCCUUGGGACCGUCUCUGCCCUCCAGGAAACCAAGUUCUAGGAGCUCCAGACUGACCCGCAAGAAGUUCCGUGGAAACAACCUGAACCGUUGGGUCUGGGGAGAAAAGAAGGGGCUGUGUCAAGGCGCUCCCUGCCCCCCGUGGAAACUCCAGAAGUUCAAGCGCUCACUUUCCCUCAAGACCAUCCUUCGAAGUAAGAGUGUGGAGAACUUCCUCCUUCGCUCAGGCUCUGAGCUCAAGUGCCCCACCGAGGUGCUGCUGACGCCCCCAACCCCACUGCCUCCUCCAUCCCCACCACCGGCAUCUACAGACUGGGGCCUACCCACCUCAACCCCCUCCCCCUGCCCAGUCCCACGCCCCCUGGCGCCCCUCAAACCAGUGAGGCUGCACAGCUUCCAGGAACAUGUCUUCAAGCGAGCCAAUCCCUGUGAGCUCUGCCACCAACUCAUUGUGGGAAACUCCAAGCAGGGCUUGCGGUGUAAGACGUGCAAAGUCAGCGUCCACCUCUGGUGCUCUGAGGAAAUCUCCCAUCAGCAAUGCGCAGGCAAGACGUCCUCCUCCUUCCGCCGCAACUUCAGCUCCCCCCUCCUGGUGCAUGAGCCACCACCAGCCUGUGCCACAAGCAGAGAGUCCCCACCCACUGGGGCCAGUGGGAAAGUGGACCCCAUCUACGAGACCCUGCGCUAUGGCACCUCCUUGGCACUGAUGAACCGCUCCAGCUUCAGCAGCACCUCUGAGUCCCCCACACGAAGUCUGAGCGAGCGGGAUGAGCUGACCGAGGAUGGGGAAGGCAGCAUCCGCAGCUCAGAGGAGGGCCCUGGUGACAGUGUAUUCACAGCCCCGACUGAGAGCGAAGGGUCAGGACCAGAGGAGAAGAGCCCUGGACUGCAGCCCCUCAAGCCCCACCUGCGGAAAGAUGUGGGGCCCAUGUACUCCUAUGUCGCACUCUACAAGUUCCUGCCCCAGGAGAACAAUGAUCUGGCUCUGCAGCCUGGAGAUCGAAUCAUGCUGGUGGAUGACUCUAACGAGGACUGGUGGAAGGGCAAGAUUGGCGACCGGGUUGGAUUCUUCCCAGCUAAUUUUGUGCAGCGGGUGAGGCCAGGUGAGAAUGUUUGGCGCUGCUGCCAACCUUUCUCUGGGAACAAAGAACAGGGCUACAUGAGUCUCAAGGAGAACCAGUUCGGCGUGGGCAUUAGACCAGCUGAUCUCAAAGAUCUGUGUGGGCGUGGGCAGGAGCAAGGAUGCUGACGGCUUCAUCCGCGUCAGCAGUGGCAAGAAGCGGGGUCUGGUGCCAGCCGAUGCUCUGACCGAGAUCUGAGAGGAGCCAAGAGAAUCCAGACACCAUCCCUGCCCCCUGCCUGGCCCUUGCUUCUGGCCCCAGAGGGGAGCAGGCAUCUGCCCACACUUUCCCUCUGCUUCUCUCCUGGGGGCCACUCACCAUGGCUUCAGAGCCUUCUGUACUGAGGAAGGGUUUAUUUCUUGGGCCCCAGAGGGCCCUGGGAGGUGUCUCCUCUGAAACUUGGGGUUGGGAGAGGAAGAGAAGGUGGGAGGGAAUGGGGAAGUCCAGGUAGGUCCACUCAGUGUCCAGACACCCCCAGUCCAGUUGCCAGAGCUGGGGGGCAGUUCCUGGACUGCUUCCCUGCCGCUUCGCCCAGAGAGCCUUCCCACACCCAUACCACCUUUGCAUGCCUGACACCUCCCCUCUCCCCAUAGGGCCUCUGCUUGAGUCUGCGUGUGUGACCAUGCAGCACCCCUUUGGAAGUGGGGCCUCAGGAAGGUGCCUUCCCAGUUCCCUCAGCCCUCUGCCCUAGGCUGGGAGGGGAUUCAGGACUGCAAGAGGAUCCCGAGUCCACCUUCUGGUCUCACUGCCUCUGUCACUCAUCAAUUCUCAGGAAAGUUCUGUGGGAAUCUCUCCCAUUACUUGAAACCUGGUGGACAGAGGAGGGGAGGGCUGAGGUCAGAGGAGGGGGUAGCAAAUCAGAGACUAUCUCAAGUAGAACUGUCACUACAGGGCAGCCUCAUCCUAACCUUGUCUCUGGAAGAGGACACCCAAGAGCAGCCUGAACACAUCAACCCAACUGAGAACAAAAAACCGGCCCAUGCUUGGUCCAAACAAUCCCCGUUUCCCUGUCAGGACUCUGAAAGCCUGCAGUGGCAGAUGCACCUGGCCAGGGAAGUCUGUGAUUCUCAGCCCCUGUCCCAGGCCCCGUCAGGCUAGCCCCAGGAGCCACACCCUCGGGACUGAACCUUCCUUACUCCUGCUUUGGACUCU